AGUCAUUCAUUCAGUUCCAAAGGAUACAUAACCAUCAAGUUUCAGUUCCAAACAAAACCCAUCAAAGUCUUUCUCCCUCAGUGAUCAUAUAUUCAUUCAGUUCUAUACAAAAUCCUCAAAAACUCUUCCUCUCUGCCAUGACCAUGGAAUACAGAACCUUAGAACUCAACAUCAUAUCCGCAAAGGACAUCAAGAAUGUUAAUCUCUUCUCCAAGAUGGACGUAUACGCCGCCGUUUCGCUCUCCGGUGACCCUCUCCACCCUCAGGGCGCCACCACCCACGUCCACAAAGACGCCGGCAGCAACCCCACGUGGAACUACCCCGUGAAAUUCUCUGUCAACGAAUCGCUGGCGAAGGAAAAUCGUUUAUCUCUUGAGAUCAAGCUCAUCUCCGACCGCACCCUCGGCGACACCGUCAUCGGCACCGUCCAUGUUCCUCUCAGGGAACUCCUGGAUAACCCCGGCGAUGACAGCUCCUUCCGCCAAGUCAGUUAUCAGGUGAUGAAGCAAUCAAGAAAAUCCAAGGGAUCCUUGAAUUUCUCCUACAAAUUCGGCGAACAUGUUCCCGCCCCGGCCGCCAAGACACCCAAAGCGGCCAAGGCGGGACAAGAGCCGGUGAUGGCUUAUCCUCCUGCUGGGGCGGGAUCCAGUUCGAUGCCCUAUGGUACGCCACACCCUCCCCCGCCGCAGCAAUAUGCGGCGACGGGAUAUGGGUAUCCACCUCAGCAGGUGCAUGGUGGAUACCCACCUCAAGCAGCAUAUGGGUACCCACCUCAGACCGGUUAUGGAUACCCACAACAGUCGGGUUAUGGAUAUCCACAACAAUCCGGAUAUGGGUACCCACCUCAGGCUCAGAAACCAAAGAAGAACAAAUUUGGAAUGGGAUUGGGAGCAGGAUUGCUUGGUGGUGCCUUGGGUGGAAUGUUGAUCGGAGACAUGGUAUCUGAUGCUGCUGAAUAUGAUGCGGGCUUUGAUGAUGCUGGUGGAUUUGAUUUUUAAUUUUCAGUUUUUCAAUCAACCCUGUAUUUUUUUUUUUCUUUUAUAUUUCUGGAUUUCACUUUUUGCCUUUUUCGGUUGCGUAAUGAUGUUCUAUGAGAUUGCUUAUUAGUAUUUGUUUCAGAUACCUCUCAUUACCUGACUCUGUAUUUAACUGCUAUGAUAUAAAGUAUAACAUACAGCCUGUGAUUUCCUCACUA